AUGGAGAAAGCCCAGUCAUCCAUUCUUCUGCUUGUUUUCUUUGUUUCUCUCUCAUGUCUUCUCUUUAAUGGAGCUUCUGCUGUUGUUACUAAGCCAACAACUACCGGCGGUGGCUGGCUUCCGUUUAAGAAUGUGACCGAUUCACAAAUUCGAAACGUUGGAAGUUUCGCAGUAAAUGAACAUAACAAGGAGGCAAAGGAUAAUCUCCAUUUUGUUGCUGUGAAGGCUGCUAUGUAUCAAGUUGUUAAGGGAAUAAACUAUAAGCUUGCUUUGACUGCGAAAGACCAUGGUGGUGUUGCUGGUCAUUAUGCGGCUGAAGUGUACAUUUACAAACAUGGCCGGAAUAGUGUUAAGAAGCUCAUUGCCUUCAGUAAAUUUCAUUGA